UAAAGGUUUUUUAUGGUAAACCAGGUGGCUACAUUGCUAUUCUAACAUGUUUUUAUGUCUUUUUCUUUUAAGCCAUAAAAAAACUGUUGGCUGAUUGCCCAAAAAAAAUAUAAAACUCUCUUAGCUGGUUCAAAGCAACCAAUCUAACCAACUUAAACAUUCAUUAUAUUUUCUUUCUUUCAUUUUCGUGCGCUCGUUCGUUUAUACGUUCGCAUUCUACACUAUUUUUGCGUGUACAAUAUAGACAAUAAUUUUUUUAUUUUUAUUUGGAUUUUUUUUUUAAAUAACUUUCACUUUGUGUGCACUUGGACGAAAAUCAUAAAUUUUUUUCUUUAUUUUUUUUUUUUAACUAAUAUUUGAGUUUGAGUGCUAGUACAUACUAGUACUAGUUAAUAAGUAAUAAUUUAGUUUUAUUUUUUUGUGGAAUUAUUGUGUAUUGAAUGAAGAAAACAGAAGACAUUGCAGUGUUGUUGUUGUGUGUGUGUUUUUUUAAUACGAAUUUGAAUUUUUCCCCAAAACAAGGUCAUACGCAAAACUAACAACUCUUAUAAAUUAAUAAUAAGAAAACGACAAAUAAAUAAUAAUAAAAAAUAUUUUUUGAAUAUAUAAAUAGAAACAAAAGAAAAAAAAACAAGUACAAAAAGAAAUUAAUACGUGAUUAAAAAUUUAAUUAGUUUUAUUACUAAAGAAAGGAAAAAGAAUUAUAAAAAUUGUUUAAAGUGUAAGGUGUUGUUAAGUUUUAUUCCAAUAAAAAAAAAAGUUAAAGAAACCAGAAUAUUCCUACAAAUUGGAAAAGUUUAACGACAAAAAAUAUUAAUAAAAAAUAUUGGUGUUGGUUAAUGUGUCAAGUUGAGCACGAACAGCAGCACCAACAAAACGAGUGGUGUGUGUUCACAUUAAUAAAAAAAAAAUUAUAAAUAAUAUUUAAGUUUUCUUUAAACAACAUAUGUAUUUGCAUAAGAAAACGCCCACAACUUAAGACCAAAAUAAGUAAAUUAAUUGAACGGUAAAACUAACCAUCCAACUAAACAUCCGUCCGUCUAACUAUCAAACAGCCAAACAACAUAAACGCCAGCCAGCUAACCAACCAACCAACAAAAAACUCAGCAGUUAUUUAGUUGAGUUGUUGUUAAAUGUGGUUAUUUUUGGACGGAACAACUUAAACUAUAACUUCAAAUAAAACCCCAACAAGAGGAAUAAUAACUCUCUAAGAUGACAUCAAAAUAUGAACGCAUUAAAAAUGAGUGUCGUACUCGUAAUACGCUCUGGGAAGAUCCCGAUUUUCCAGCUGUACAACAAUCUGUUUUCUACUAUCAAACACCACCCUUUACAUUUCAAUGGCGUCGCAUAUCCGAAAUAGCUGAUGCUCCAAAUGCCUGUUUUGUCAAUGAAACGGAAAAUUUUGAUGUUAUUCCGGGUAAAAUGGGUGAUCGUUGGUUAGUUUCCUGUUUAGGUGUUUUACAUUCUCUGCGCAAUCUUUUCUAUCGUGUUGUACCAGCCGAUCAGAGUCUGGACAAAGCUAAUGGUGUUUUUCGUUUUCGUCUCUGGUGGUGUGGUGAAUGGGUGGAGGUUUUAGUCGAUGAUCGUUUGCCCACCAUAAAUGGCCGUUUGGCUUUCUUACAACCUCAAACAUCAAAUUGUUAUUGGGCCUCUUUGCUGGAAAAGGCCAUUGCUAAAUUGCAUGGUUCUUAUGAGGCUCUUAAAUAUGGCACCCGUUCGGAUGGCCUUAGUGAUUUAUUGGGUGGUGUUGUACAGUGCAUACCCCUUAAGGCCACCAGUACUACAGAUUUGGUAAGGCCUCAACAGCUGAAAUCUCAUUUGGAUACCACUUGCAUUGUCACCUGUAUAGCUGCAACAAGUGCUGCCAUGGCUCAGCAUAAAAAUACACCUGAACGUCUACCGAAUGGCAUAAUACUCAAUGUUAACUACAGACUCUGCUCACUGGAUAAAGUUGAAACACUACUCGGUGACGCUGUACAAUUGGUGCGUAUUAAGGACCCUUUGGCAUGUAAUGCUUUUGCCAACAACAAUGACUACGAAGGCGAUUGGUCGGCAAUGUCCCCAACAUGGGAACGUGUCUCGGUACAGGAACGUGAUCGUUUAUUUGGCCAACUAGAAGUGGGAGAAUUUUGGAUGUCGUUUUUGGAUUUCACACAAACUUUCUCCAGUCUAGAGGUCAUUUACCUUGAUGCUGACACAGCUAAAGAUGAACUCACACUACAGGAUCGACCGAAACGUUGGCAAAUGAAAAUGUUUCAGGGACAAUGGAAACGUGGUGUUACCGCGGGUGGUUGUCGUAAUCAUGAAUCAUUUCACAUUAAUCCACAACUAUUGCUAACCAUACCGGAGAAACAGGAAAUUGUGGUGGCCCUCAAUCAACACACGGCAGUGGAACCAAAAGUUAUAGGUUUCACUAUGUACAAAUUGAGCGGUGUGGCGGGCUCUAAGGUUAAUCAAAAGAUCACCGAAUGUUUACCCAAAGAAUUUUUCAAAACCCAAGUUAGUUUUCUGAAUUCGGAUUAUGGCAAUACCAGACAUGUGACUUGUCAUUGUCAGCUGGAAGUGGGACAAUAUGUUCUAAUGCCCACCACCUAUGAACCGGGAGAAGAAACUAGUUUUACUGUCAGAAUAUUGGGUACAGUACCCUUACGUUUAUCUCUCUUAGAAACUCAGACAUUAAUGCUGCUCGAUCCCUUCCCAGUGCUUAAAAAUGAAGCCGAUUCUACGAAAAUUAAAAACGUGUGUCAAUAUGAACCCGUAUUUAUGCAAUUGGCCGAUGAAAAUAAAACCAUUAAUUGUUUUGAACUGCAUGAGUUAUUGGAUGCCUGUCUGCCCAAUGAUUACAUUAAAGGUUGCGCCAAUAUAGACAUUUGCCGCCAGGUUAUCGCUUUACAGGAUAAAACCGGCACAGGUCGUAUUAAUUUUUUACAGUUCAAAACUUUUAUGGUGAAUUUAAAGUCCUGGCAGGGAGUAUUUAAAAUGUACACCAAAGAAAAAGCCGGCAUUUUAAGAGCCGAACGUCUGCGCGAUGCUCUCUAUGAUGUGGGUUUUCAGUUAAGCACCGAUAUUAUGAAUUGCAUAAUGCAACGUUUCAUACGCAAAGAUGGCACUUUACGUUUAAGUGAUUUUGCUUCAGCAGUUUUACAUUUAACGGCAGCAUUCGAUUAUUUCCAGCGUAAAGAUCACAAUCAGGAUAAUGUCAUUGAAAUCGAAAUGUCCGAUUGGAUUAAAUGUGUUUUGCGUUGUUAACAGUAAAUUUACAACAUGUUCGCUAUAUAUAUAUAUACACAUAUUCUAUAGAUCAGGUUUGAUUGUAGACAAAUUAUUGCAAAUAAGUUGAAAAGUUUUGAAAUUAUUUAGUUGUUAAGAAUCUCUAUGGACCAACACCAGUAAGAUGUCGUUUUAUUUAGUCUAAUUUAUUAUUUUUAUUUUAUUGUAUUCUUAUAUUAUAAUUUAAUAUUUAUAUAUUUAAUUAUUACUUAUUUAAAAUCUCAUUUAAAAACAAACAAACAAAUAAAUAGUCUUGUAAUUUUCAAUUAUUAAUUGAUGUACAUCUUUUUAGUUUAUAAUUUUAAAAACAUACUUGUGUGCUAUAUUUAGUAACAUACUAAAUUAUUUAGAUUAUUUUUUAUAUAUAUAUUUUAUUUAAGUAUAAACUUUUUGGUUCUAAAAAUUAUUGUUACUUUUACAUUAACACAAAUGUUUAUGUUACUAAUUAAGAAAUUAAUACAAAUUUUGAUUAAAAUUACAAUUUUAUGUAGAUCCGGAAAACUUUUUUUAAUAUCUGACACAAAUGCGAAAAUAACACGUGAAAAUAAAAGAUUUUCGAGUUUUUGUGCAUUUUUGAGAUUCUACAACAGCGUGAGGAUAAUUUUUAUGUAAAAUUUGUUAAAUAUAGUUCAAUUUGACUCUAAAGUGAAGUCUUAAACUUUGUUAUAUCUUCUGCCUUUUUGGAGAUAUCUUAACCUAGGUUUAGGUUGGGUUAAGAAGGGUUAUACUCCAUAAAAACGGUGCAUAUCCACCCAGUGAUUCUCUUCAAAAAGUGAGGAUUCAUAAACAGAAAACAAAAGAAAACACACUACCAUUGAAACCAGAGAAGAAGGUAAAAGUAUAGAUAUAAUUAACAAGUCAGUGCCCCAAAGAAUAAAGAGAUAAAAGGAAAAUCUACGUCCCCCUAUAAAGCCCAGUCGAAGAAGUGACUAAUGCCCUUGACAAAACCUAGUAAACUGGGUCAGGGUCCCCAAUUUCGUCGUGAAACCUACUCCCUAGCCAUUUAAGCCUGAGACUCUGUAUCCUAGGACAGUAGCAAAUUAUAUGCUCGAUCGACUCCACUUCUCAUCCUUGCAUAACCUACAAUAGUCCGGUGUAUUGCUAUCCCACUUACUGACAAAGGCCCUAACUGAGCAGUGCCCCGUUAGACUGCGUCUAUCCAGUUCUAUUAGUAUUUUGUUGGCAUCUAUAUCAACCUUAACCUAAAACUUGAAACAAUAGUUAAAAAAACACCAUAUUGCCGAUAUCUCAGUAUAUAUGCACAAGAGAUUUCGAGAAGUUUGUCCUAAACAAUUUUAUAACAAACAUGACUUUGCGCUGAAAAUACGUCACAAAUAUCAACAAAAACCGGAGUUUUUCGAACUUUCUCUAAACUCGCCUGCAUAAGGUACUACAUCCGAUUCUUGUAGAUUUGCGGAGAGUUUGAAGAAGUAAAAGUUAAACAAUAGCGACAAUAGAACUCCACAUUGGGAUGUACGCACUGUUGCCCCCAUUCGGCAUUACGCUUACGCUUCCUUACUUAGUAAAGGAAAGAUCGAAAAAAUGCAUUCUGAUUUUCUGUUGGAGGAUUUAUUUAUGGGAUAGGAUCAAUUAUGAGCCGUCCUCUUAAAAUUUGGUAGAGGAAUUCGUUUCUUAUAAUAUAUAUCGUUUGUGGCGAAUUGUAUAUGUCAUCGGUAUAUUGGUACUUUUAAGCUAGUUGUGAACUUUCAACUCAUUUUCUAAAUGGGGUCCUUAUAUCGGGAAUAUAGUCAAUUAUUGACUGAUCCUCCAAAAAUUCUGCAGAGGAAACUUAUUUGUAUUAUUUCAUUUUCAUACCUGUACUUUUAUAAUGUCAUUUAAUUUAGAGUCAUUUUCGAAAAGGGGAUCUAAUAGGAAAUCUAAAAUAGGGUCUCCUACGGACCGAUCGUCAAAAUAUUUAGGAGACAGAUUUUGCGAAUAUUUUGAAGAAGGGGACCUCCAUUAUGGUCCCUAUUGUACUUUAACAGUCCUAACAGACGUACAUGAAUAGAUUGUCUUAGAAAAUCAGAUAUAUGCGGAUAAAUCGGCAAAUCAGGCCAUUUCGUCCUAGAAAAUCAGAUAUAGGCCGAUAAAUCAGCAAAUAGGGCAACAUUGGAUCGCCUUGUUUAACUCCAGGAGGUUUUAGGCCUUUGUAUCUAAACUCUUCAAACUCUACUCGUUAUAUAAACGGUUCUGGAAACAGUUCUUGAAACAAUGAUUUUUGUUCGAAUUUUAUCACCUUCUAGGGUAACUUUAGACAAUAAAUGCACUUUUUAUAAAACAAUUCUGGAGAUCGGUCUAUUUUCAGCAAUUUUUGUUUGAAAUUGUUAUUGUAUGUUUGAGAUAAAUCCCACAAAAGUCCUAAUAUAUUAUUAUCCAAUCGCCAAUACUUUCUAUUCAGAGACUGUUAACAAGGACUAUACGAAUCCAGCUGAUGAAAUUUAAUACUUAAUUUUUUCAAUUCCUUAGAGAUUUGUUAUUGCACUAUAAUGUUACAGAGACCAAGCCUUAGAAGUAAGUUUAAGUUAAGAUCUUAUUCAAUAUUAAUUAUACAUAUAUAUGUAAGACAUUCUAAAAGGUUCUAUAUUAUUAAAACAUGUUUUGGUAUCAAAAUUUAUCUAAAUAUAGCACACAUUUUCUUAAAGGCCUAGUGCCCAGAUUGUAUAUUUUUUUAUUUAAAUUCCUUAAAUUUAGUAAAAUUUUUGAGACAAGUACAUAAUUUUAAAUAACCAUUGUUAAAAUAUUCAAUUUUUAUAAA